AUGAAAAGACUCCAAGUCUUGUUGUAUCAAGCCAUCAAGAAAAGGAUUGACACGCGAAGAAAGGGAGCACAGUUACAAGGGAACCAUAAGUACAAGCGUUCCAUCCAAGAACGCAUGCACAAUUUGGCAUUCCAGCAGCAAGUCGGAAACACAAACAAAGGCAAAUAUGACGCCGACGAAGCGUUGGUAGUUGCUCGUGUUAUUCAACAGAUACGUGAUGGUGUCAACGAUGGUAUCAAUGGGCAAGACGGAGUCUCGUUCAUUCAGCAAUACUAUCUGAAUAAAGGACUGAAGAUAUUCAAGGAGCAAGGUAAAGAGGCGGCCAUGAAAGAACUUGACCAACUGAUCAAGCGCAGUUGCUGGACACCUAUCAGUAUUGAGAAACUAAAGUAA